AUGUCUGCACAUUUAGAAAAUAUGUGCUAUCAAAGUGUACACAAUUCCAUAAUAAGUAUGUUUCUCUACUCUUUAUCUUACAGAAAUGUAACAAAUUGUAUUAGUAAAAUACAUAUUGUCUCUAAAUCAUUGACAAGAAAUUCUAAAUAUAGAUAUCCUGUACUGUAUCAAUCAUUUCAUUCUUCACCGAGGUGUUCAUUGAAAGUAAACAAUAUAAGAGCAUGUAAUAAACAAAUAAAGUCAAACCUGUUAGAUGUAAAUACCAAUAUACAAAAUAAUGUAAUAUUGUACAAGAAUGAAUAUAUACGUGGUAGCAGGAUAUUAAAAAUACUUUUUAUUGGAUGGACUUUUGGUUGUACGAUAAUAGCAUAUUAUGCUUAUAGUCCAACAUAUAUAUCAACAUGGUCUCAAAGUCUAUCUUGGAUUGAAUAUCUAAGAACAAAUGGAACAAAUUUGGCUUGUUUUGCAUAUGUAGUAAUAAUGGGACCUCCUGCUUGGUUGCUUUUAUAUGCAUUGAAUCAUAGAUUUGUAAAAUAUAUUAUUUUACACAAAGGUGGUCAAAAUGUAUCUGUAAUUACGAAUCAUUUAUAUAAACGCCACAAUACUUUCAAACUUCCUGUUGAUGAGGUAAAAACUGUUGUAGCAAGAAGUCAGAUGAUAAAUUAUUUACCACUGAAAAUUCGAGGUAAAAAAUUUUAUUAUAUUGUGGAUAGUGAUGGAAAGUUUUUAAAUGGCCAUUUGUUUGAUUAUACAAUUGGAACAAAAAAAUCUUGGUAG